AUGAUGGCAGUUUCGUGGAGGUUUAACGCCGUCAUGUCCUUGAUCAUCGUAAUAAUGAUUCUGCAAGUGAUCGCAGUACGAUACCUACACACGGCAUAUAAGAACGGUCUUCAUUGCGGCAAUCAGAUAACUUGCUACGCGUACUUGCUGCGUUCGGCCACCGACACCAAGGUGCAGCAGACCACACCCACGAGAAGGAAGGCGUUUAGGAGGAAAAAGAAGAAGCAAACGCGCACCCUGCAAUGGGUUACGGGAAGUUCGCCGCAGACUUUGAAGAGAUACGUGAGUUCGUCGGACGUAAACAGUUCUGAUGAGCUAUUAAAGCCGAUAUUUGAA